UAUUUGUUUGUAUUUUCUGAAUUUCAACUUUCUGUUUCUUCAUUGAAUUUUCUAAAUUAGAAACUUUAAUUGAAACAUUAAUUUUAAGCUAAAAUCUAAAAAAAAUAUGGAAGCGCAAAAAUUAAAAAAGAAAAGUACACUCAGCAAAAGCAAAAUUAAGAAAACUAUUAAAAAUGUAAUAUGUCGCCCUGAUCCGGUGUUUUGCCAUAUCAAAAUAUCAAUUUCUAGGCCUGUGAUAACUGAAACGGAAAAAACUGUCCUGCAAACAGCCCUACAAAAGCACCGUGUACAUAUAACCCCAUUCAUUAAACCUCAUUGGAAUGAUAUAAAAUUAAAACCUAAAAAGGAAAGACCUCAGCCACCGCCUAUACAAAAAGUUGAGGGGCUCUUCUUUGGAAUAUCAACAUGUUGUAGUGCUGUCAAAACACAAGAUUGUUGUGCAGUUUUAGUAGAAGCAGAUGUCAAUCCUCAAGCAAUUGUUCAUCCAGUCAUCGAGGCAUGUAUUUCAUCCAAUGUCUCAAUUAUAUGCUUAAAAGGUCUGAGACAGUUAAGUCUAUCAUAUUUUGGCUUAAAAACAAGUUGUUUAGGAGUAAAAAACAACUGCUUACCUGAUUUAAGUUGUCAGAUACAUGAAAUAUUUAAAAACUACAAACAGGAUACAAAAUUGACACCUUCUGUAACUUGUGCUGAAAAUAAUACUGAAAAUGUAGUGAGUAGUGAAAAAGUGGAUGAUUCAAAAAUGGAUGUUGAUACAUACUGUCCGUAUGUGUAUAGAACAGAUAAGAAAACUAGAGCAUUUAAUCCAACUGAUAGUCAGCAAGACACUAAAGGGAAUCAGUUUACAGGACAGCAAUUUAUUAAAUUACCACAAGAUAAUACUAAUAGCAGUAAACCUGCAAAUGAUAGAAAAGCCUACAUGGCAAUGAUGUUAAAAAGAAUAGCAAACAAUCCUAACAGAGUAAAAAAGGCUAAGUCAUAACAUAAAUUUUGUGAUGAUGUAAAUAUUACUUAAGUUAAUUCAAAUAAAAAUGUUAACAAAA